UUCAGUCAUUUUGUAUUCGUCAAAGCGAGUUGUUGUGUGUUUUAUAUUUAGUGUAUAUAGCGGAGUAAAAUGUCUUCUUCAACCACCAAUACUGCUCAUUUUUUCACCAACGGAAAUUCACGGCAAUUUGACUACGUUUUUAAGUUAUAUCCACAGGUUUUGCGCCUGAAAGCCGUGGCAAAGAGCAAAAAACCCGACGAUUUGGUCAAAUUGGAUAACUGGUACCAACAUGAACUACCCAAACGGAUUAAACAAAGAGGCAAGGAUGCCCAUAUGGUACAUGAGGAGUUAGUUCAAACAAUGAAAUGGAAACAGACGCGUGGAAAGUUCUACCCUCAGUUGUCAUACUUGAUCAAAGUCAAUACCCCACGUGCGGUCAUGAUGGAAACUAAGAAGGCAUUUAAGAAGCUACCGAACUUGGAACAGGCAAUUGGCGCCUUGUCAAACCUCAAGGGAGUCGGCACGACAAUGGCAUCCGCUUUGUUGGCAGCUGCAUCGCCCGAAAAUGCGCCCUUCAUGGCGGACGAGUGCAUCAUGGCAAUUCCCGAGAUCGAAGGCAUCGACUACACAACAAAGGAGUAUUUGAAUUUUUGUACACACAUUCAAGCCACUGUUGAUCGAUUGAAUGCUGAAAAAGACAGUAAUGCGUCAUGGUCUGCGCAUAGAGUCGAGUUGGCGGUAUGGACACACUAUGUGGCGAGCGAUUUGAAACCCGAAUUGUUGGAUGGCUUGUCGGAGCUCGGAAAUGGCGUGGCAGCUGUCGUUCCCGCAGACACCACAAACGAUGCGAGUAAUGAUGUGGAUACUGUUACGACCACAACGUUACACACAACAACAAAUGGAGUGCCUCCUUCAUCGAUAGAAGCAUCUGAUGAAAGUAACUUGGAACCUGCCCAACCUCCUGCAGCUCAAAAUGGAAAUGGAAAAUGUGCGAUUGACAGUCUAGAUGAGUCAAGUACGCGAUCCGAAGACAGCUGUGAAAAGGCAAUUACGCCAAUUGGAUUGAUAAGUGAUGAAGCCACAAACGACAGCGACUCACAAAACAGUCUUAAACGAUCAUUGGAAUGUGAGAGCACUGAAGACACUGCAUCAUUACCAGCCCAACCAGUAAUUUCAGAGAAAGCCGAACCAGAAACAACAACAACAGACGAACCAGCAAAGGAAGAACCUGACACAAACGAGCCUACAUGCAAAAAGCUAAAAGUCGAUGCAUGAAGCUCAUUUUCAUUCGCAUCGCAAUUCUUAUAUGAUAAAUAGUAAUACAGAGACACACACCUUCACACACACAAAAAAAAACACUUAUUUUUACACA